GCAUUGCAACCGACGCCAUCUUGCUGGAGUAGAACAACAAACUUUGUCAACGUAGUAAUAAUUGUUGUUUUUAGCACAUCUGGAUUAACAAAUAAUCCUUUUGACCAAACAUCAAAUGGUGACAAGAACAUAAAGUGACAGCCCCGCCAUUUACUUGGCCAUUAAAAGUUAUCCAAACAAGAGAAUCUCCAGUGAAAAAUGGAUCCUGAUUAUGAGAAGAGACUUCUGAGACAACAAAAUGGACAGUUAUCGCCAUUCUCAUCACCUGUUAGCACAAGCCCAGUAGCAUCCCCUUCCAAAGAGAAGUAUGGAGACCGCUUCAUCCCAAGUCGUGCUGGUGCAAGCUGGCACAUCAACUUCAAUGUUCUGCCGGAAAACACAGUUCAGUCCCCUAGCCAAACAAGAAAAGGAAAAGAAACAAGUACAGAAACAAGUAAAGAUGGUCUAGCAUAUUCAUGUCUGUUAAAGAAUGAACUUCUCUCUGCAGGCAUUGAUGACUUGAAGGAUCAACAAACUGAUGAGAGAAGAAUAUUAGCUCCAAAAGAAAGCAAAAAUCUCUUUCGGUACCAUGUUCCACGACGAGGUGGAGACUCGUGUGACUCUUCACCUUACUCUCUCUCACCUGUUGGAAGUAAAAGUCAAAAGCUUCUUCGUUCUCCUCGCAAGGCUGUACGGAAGAUAUCCAAAAUUCCCUUCAAAGUGCUAGAUGCCCCCGAGCUUCAGGACGACUUCUACUUGAACCUAGUUGAUUGGUCAUCUCAGAACGUCCUCAGUGUUGGGCUGGGGACGUCAGUGUAUCUCUGGAGUGCAUGUACCAGUCAGGUGACCAGAUUGUGUGAUCUGUCUCAAGAUAACGACACUGUCACCUCCGUGUCCUGGUCUGAAAGAGUCAGUGGUAAUCUAGUUGCUGUGGGUACACACAAGGGUUAUGUACAGAUCUGGGAUGUGUCCGUCAACAAGAAAAUCAACUCUCUAGAAGGACACAGUGCUAGAGUUGGAGCCCUAGCGUGGAAUGGUGACAUUCUCUCCUCCGGCAGUCGAGAUCGUCUCAUCCUACAGCGGGAUAUACGAACACCUAGUGUUGCCCCUGAACGUCGGCUUGGUGGACACAGGCAGGAGGUUUGUGGUUUGAAGUGGUCCCCAGAUCACCAGCACUUAGCAUCAGGUGGCAAUGAUAAUAAACUGUUUGUGUGGAACAUGACAAGUGUGAACCCAGUGCAAACAUACACUGAACAUUUAGCAGCAGUUAAGGCCAUAGCAUGGUCCCCUCAUCAACAUGGUCUGCUGGCCAGCGGUGGUGGAACAGCUGACCGAUGUAUUAGGUUCUGGAACACUCUCACUGGUCAACCUCUGCAGUGUGUAGACACAGGGUCACAAGUCUGUAAUCUGGCAUGGUCAAAACACUCCAAUGAAUUGGUCAGCACUCAUGGGUACUCACAAAACCAAAUCCUAGUCUGGAAAUAUCCAUCACUUGUGCAGAUUGCCAAGCUGACGGGACAUUCUUACAGGGUUCUAUAUCUGGCUAUGUCUCCAGAUGGGGAAGCUAUUGUCACCGGGGCAGGGGAUGAGACACUUCGCUUCUGGAAUGUCUUUAGCAAAACUAGAUCAACAAAGGAAUCCAAGUCUGUCCUGAACCUUUUCACGAGGAUCCGAUAAAGGGAGAUAACCAAUCCAUUCCUCCUCUCCAUGUCUGUAGCAGUAACUGCCAUACCUACUUGAACGUGGGGCUCUGUGUUCAGAACAAUUCUCACCAACAUCAUCAUUUUACUGGGAGAUACCAGAACCUUUUUCACAAGUCAAAAUUUUCUGUUGUCACAUUAUCCUAGGUAUGGCCAAACUGUAGAUUUAAAAGUGUUCCAUUACAAUUAUAAGAGGAUCUUCUGGCAUUAGGGCUUAUGUUAGGGAUCAAGGGGCCCGUUCCACAAAGCAAUUGUAGUGUUAUGGCCGUCUUAAGCCUGUGUUUAAGUAUGGGAGUUACGAUCGCCUUGGCGCCACGAUCACUUAGUGGAAUGGGGCCCUGGACUUGAAUUUUAGGGCAUUAACUUACCUGUGAACUUUUCCUAAGAUCUUAUGAGAUAUUGAAUCAAAGUGAACACUUGUGUGUGUGUUAUACCUGUUUCGACACUGGACUGUCAGCAGGUUCUUGUAACUGUGAUGAAACAAUGCUACCAUUACAGAAGUGUAUGCGCUGAGGAAGAUGUAUGUUUAAUUUAAAUGUCCAAUUCCCUUUGUGUCAUUCCCUUGUUUUCUUGUGUAGAAUGGAACUCUAAAUGAGACUGAAAUGUUACCAAUUAUUUCUUUGAAAUUUUAACAGCAGUAAAGCAGAAGUAAUUAUUUUAUUUUGUUUUAAUUGAGUUGAAAGGCUUAUGCAUGUCAGCCAUUUAUAGUUCCUAGAAUGUUACAAAGAGGCAUUAUCAUGCACCCUUUUAGAUGCCAUUUUAUCUUGACUAUUUAUUUGAAGAAACAAAUUUGUUAUGAUUGUUGUUUUAUUUCUUACUAUUUACCACCUUUCAUUUAGCAGAAGCAACUAUGUUGGACUGUUUGGUAUGAAAUGUGCUGAUUUGUAUUUAUAACAUUGCAUGAUUUACAGUAACGAGUACACACUGUCCAUCCAUGAAAUCUUUUCAGUAGGAAUGGUUUAAUUGGGUGAAAACCCCUAUAAAAAUGUGCAAUAUAAAACAAAGGGUUGGAAGGACUCUUGUGUAGAUAGAAAUGUAUUCAGUUGUAUCCCACGCAUUCACACACUUAGCAUGACCAAAGGUUUGACUAUCAUUCAGUAUUUCAUUGUCCAUUCAUUCUUCAUUAGUCAGGUAUCUCCACAUGAUCAGCUAUGCGUUGAUAGUGUGUGAUGAAGAUGCUCCUGAUCCUAGUGUUCUCAUCACCAGGGAUGUUUGUAUUGUAUGUGGCUCUGUGUUGAGCCUAGUAUCUCCACAAUUUCACAACAGUCUUAUGGCAUGAGCAUGGAUGAUGUUGGAUUAUGUUAGUGAAGCUCGUAUGACAGCAGGACAAAAGCAUAGAACACUGACGUGGUAAUCGAUCAAGGAAUGGUUUUAUAACCGCCCACCGUGGAUCGUGAGGGCGUGCAUUCAGUUGUUGAUUUUGAAAGUGUGAGGUAAAUACUUGUAAGAAACGAAAUAAAUAAACAUAAAUAUAUAGA